AUGACAGAAGGGAAAAAAAUAAAUGUAGAAAUAAAUUCCUUUAAAGAAGGCGUUAAUGUGUAUUAUAAAAAAAAUUAUGAUAUAAAUGAAUAUAAUAAAUAUUUAAUACAUACUGAUGAUAUAAAAGGAAAAAAUAAUAGAAAAGUAAAGAAAGAUAUUUGUAAAACUAAGUAUGAUAUAACUACUGCAGAUUCAAUUUCAACAACAACAGAUGAGUUGUCAUACUCAUAUCAAAUAGAGAGUAAAAGUGAAGACAAGGGAUUAUAUAAUUUAUUUGAGGAGACCAGUUUCAUAAAUUUACAAGACCAAAGUCCAGAUGAGCAGGUGGUUAAAAUUGAAGAAAGGGAAAAUAUAAAUGAAAGAAAUGAAAGUAAUACUGAAAAUUUAAACAAAAAUUUAAGCAAAAAUUUAAGCAAAAAUUUAAGCAAACAUUUAAGCAAACAUUUAAGCAAACAUUUAAGCAAACAUUUAAGCAAACGUUUAAGCAAACAUUUAAGCAAACAUUUAAGCAAAAAAAUUAAUAAUAAUAAUAUAAAUAAUGAUAUAAAUAAUAUAAAUAAUGAUAUAAAUAAUAUAAAUAAUAAUAUAAAUAAUAUAAAUAAUAAUAUAAGCAAAAAUAUAAGUAAUAAUAUAAAUGACAUAAACAAUAAUAUAAACGAUAUAAAUAAUAAUAAUAAUACAAAUGGCAAUACAAAUGGCAAUACAAAUGGCAAUACAAAUGGCAAUACAAAUGGCAAUACAAAUAGCAGUACAAAUAGCAAUACAAAUAGCAGUACAAAUAAUAGUAUAAAUAAUAGUAUAAAUAAUAAUACUCCUUGUUUGAACAGCAAUGUGCUAUUAGAGAGAAAGGACAUAGAAUUAUCGAGGCACAGUGAAGAUGAUAAUAACAAAAUUUUUAAUAAUAAGGUAUUAUAUAACAAUGAAAAUUUGAUAAAAAAUAAAAAUGAAAUGAUUAACACAAUAUUAGUAAAUCCUGAUAACAAUAUUUGUGUUAAAAAGGAUAUAAUUAGUGCUGACCAUUAUAGCAGUGCUGAAAAUAACGAGUGCAUAGAUAAUGAUCAUAUUGAAGAGUUAGAUAAUAAUUUAGAACAAAACACAUAUUUCAUAGAAUCGACAUUUAAAAAUGCUCAUUGUGGAUACUCAGAAUUCUUUCAAAAUAAUUUUUUUUCGCACCAUAUUUCAAAUAAUUUGAACAGUAUAGGUUGUGUGAAUAGUAUGAAUAGUAUGAGUAGUGCAAAUACGAUAAACAGUUCAAAUGGUAGAAAUGUAAAUGGCUUUUCUAAAAGUCAUAACCCGACUUUUGACGGUUCAAGGUCGCAAAUGGGUAAUAACGUAAAUGUAAUAAAACUUUUUGGUAGAAAUGAUCAAAAUAAGCUCGGUGUAAUGCACAUAAGAAAUAUAAGAAGUAUUGGCAGCAUUGCGCAGUAUAUAAGUACUGAUGGUAGUAGCAAUAACGAUGGCAGCAAUAACGACGGAAGCAAUAAUGAUAGUAGCAACAACAGAAGCAGUAAUAAUGCUAGAACAAUGAAAAGGGGCUCUGAAAGUACUGGGGAGGGUGUUGUCAGUAAUAUGGAGAAAAUGAAUAACUUAGGGAAGAUGAGAUAUUUAAGAAGUAUGAGCGAUAUGGACAAUAUAGGAAGUAUGGACAGUAUGAACAGUUCAGGUAAUGUGAGAAAUUUGAGAAGUAUGGAUAGCUUGAAAUGUGUGAGCAGUUUGAAUAAUAUGGAGAAAUUACGAGUUCUGAAAGGUUUAAAAAACGUGAAUUGCGUUGAAAAGUUAAGAAGUGUAAACAAGCAUUUUCAUAAUUUAACUCAAGGAACUGCAGAGAAUUUAAAGAAUGCUGUUGAAUCUGCAAACAGUUUAAGCAUGAACGGUUCAGAAAUUUUGAGGGAUACAAAUGACACUACUUACAGUUUAAGUAUGAACGGUUCAGAAAUUUUGAGGGAUACAAAUGACACUGCUUACAGUUUAAGUAUGAACGGUUCAGAAAUUUUGAGGGAUACAAAUGACACUGCUUACAGUUUAAGUAUGAACGGUUCAGAAAUUUUGAGGGAUACAAAUGACCCUGCUUACAGUUUAAGUAUGAACGGUUCAGAAAUUUUGAGGGAUGCAAAUGACCCUACUUACAGUUUAAGUAUGAACGGUUCAGAAAUUUUGAGAGAUGCAAAUGAUCCUGCUUACUGUUUAAGUAUGAAAGGUUCAGAAAAUUUGAGGGAUGAAAAUGACAUUGCUUACAGUUUAAGUAUGAACAGUUCAGAACAUUUGAGGGAUGAAAAUGACAUUGCUUACAGUUUAAGUAUGAGAGGUUCAGAAAAUUUGAGGGAUGAAAAUGACAUUGCUUACAGUUUAUGUAUGAACAGUUCAGAACAUUUUAGGGAUGCAAAUAUCUCUGCUUACAGUGCAAGUAUGAAAAGUGCGAAUAAUAAUAUGUACCAUUUAAGUUUACCACUUAACAAUAGUAGAAAAAUAAAUGAAAUGAAAGGCAAUACAAAAUCGCUAAAUGAGGCAUGUGAAGCUACUCCAAAUAAUUUUAAAAAUUCCUCUUUUAUGCAAGAGAGUAAUAUAAUAAUAAAUUAUAUGAACAGAAUUGAAGAUAAUGUGCAAAAUUUUUUGAAUAUCAGUUCAAAAGAUGUAAAAGUUUUAAUGAAUUCAGUUCCUCAUGUGAUCAGUAAGAGAGAUGAUACACAUACAAAGGUAAAAUCCUCAAUAUUGCAGAGUAUCAAUGACGGUAAUAAUAUUGCCAUUAAUGAUAGUGCAAUAUAUAAUGAUAAUAAUAAAUUGAAUAAAAGCAUUGUAUUUGAUCAUGAAAAAGAAAGUAAUCAAUAUUUAAAAUGUACGAACAGUAACAAGAAUAAGGUGCAGCAGUCUCGUGGUAGUAAGAUGAAUAUGAAAAGUGAAAGUGAGAAUAAAGUUGUUAUAAAAGACAUAUCAAAAAAUGGAAAAGAUUUAAUAGAUGGGUCAUCUAAUAAAAAAUUUAAUGGUAGAUAUUAUAAAAUUUUAAAAAAUAUAAGGCAAAAUAAAAAUUUAGCUAAUUAUGAAUUCAAGGACGUUGCGGAAGCGUAUGAUAUGGGGAAUGAUAAUGAUAACGAUAAUAAUAUAAGUAAUAGCAAUAGCAAUAGUAAUAGCAAUAUCAAUAGCAAUAGCAAUAGCAAUAGCAAUAUCAAUAGCAAUAGCAAUAGCAAUAGCAAUAGCAAUAGCAAUAGCAAUAGCAAUAGUAAUAGCAAUAGCAAUAGCAAUAGUAAUAGCAAUAGUAAUAGUGAAAAUAUUAGUUAUAGUAAUGCCCCCCCUCGUUGUAGCAGUAGAUACGGUGAAAAGAUGCACUAUAGAGAAUUCUUCCAUGUAGAUGAAAACAGAAAUACGAAAGAAGUUAAAAUUUGUACUAAUAAAGUAAUUUUGACAACUUUCGAAAUGAAAACAUUUUUAUUAAAUACAAUAAAAGCCAUAGGGAUAGUUUUUAAAAAAUGGAAGGUAACAAAUUUUGGCAUGUAUUUUUGGUUUCAUAUAAAAUGUAUAGAAAGUGAAACAGACCUAAAUUUUUACAUUUCUAUUUUUAAUUCCUUGUUUGAAAAAAUUACAGGAAAAAAUAUUUAUUAUCAGUGCAAUGAUUUAAAUUAUAUAGUGAACUUAUUUAAGGAAUUUAUUAUAUACGAUUGCAAAAACAUUUUUAAGAAAAGUAUAAAAGUUCUGAACAGAUAUGCAAAAAAAAAUUCCCAAAAUUUCUCUAUUUUUGAUAACAGUGAAGAUAUAGUAAAUGUGAACGAGUCUCUGCUGUUAAUUAAGGAAGAAAUGAACAACACUGGUAGUGAUGAUAAUGAUAACACUGGAGGUAGUAACGAUAGUGAUAUACAUAAUGGUAAUCGUAAUAGUAGUGAUAGAAACAAUAAUAAUAUUAUGACUAAUAGUAAUAGUAAUGGUAAUGGUAGCAGUAAUGGUAACAGUAUUAACAAAGGAAAUAAUUUUUUUUGUUUUAUUUUUAACGCGCUAAAAGAAUAUUAUGAAUCUUUAGGGAAAAGCGGUCAGGAAAAAAUUUACGUAUCCAAUAUGUUUGCAAACUUUAAUGAAUUAAACUAUAACGAAAUAUUCAGCUUUUUUUGUGAGCAAAUGAAUUAG